GAGUGAGAGCACAGGUAUGUAUAUAAAUGUAAAUUUAAGGCAUUUUGGGCAACCAGAAGUCGCACUUUCUCUUCUAUGAUAGCGUUAGGGCAUACUGUUUUUUUCUAACAUGACACAUUUGUUUAUAAGUUGCCCAGUGCUCCAAAAUGAGAAGACUUUACAAUAAGAGGCCCCUAUUCAUUAAACACGAACAUUUAACUCACCAGGUAAAGUGCCACUCCGUAUAAUUUACUGAGUGUCAGUGUCACAACAGAUGCAGCUGCAUGUUUUUAAAUGAAAUUUCAGCGACUUCCUAAUUUCCGGAAUGUCUCCUUAUUUGAUUGGUCGCUUUGUAUGAGUGGGUGGGACUUCUUGCUGCUGCUACCGUACAACUGUCCAACCGCCAGCGUGCAUCGCUACCCAGGCCACAAAGUGUGACGCUUCAGAAAGGUGCGUUUAUCUGGAGUAUUCGCAGCAGUAGUUUUUAAAACUUCAUAGCUGCUUUCUCAAACGGAGAACAAGGUUUUAGCAGCUCUAGGUAUAAUGGUGACCACUCCAAGUGAAGCCUAAUGUGCCAGAUGAUACACUGGUAUGACUGGCAGGAGAGAUCGUGGCAUUUGAUUAGCCUGGCCCUGCAGAGGAGGUCCAGAGUGGAGAUGCAGUGCAGGAACCGAGAGCUGGUGGAGUUCUUUAUAAGCUAUAAACUGUCUCAGAAGAAUCACCCAACUUCCCUUCUGAGGCCAACCAAUGUGGGCCAAAGGACUGAGAGAGACCUGGCCAAAUCCCUGCCUGCGUACGAUGGCAUAGAGGCUUUAAAAUCAGCUCUUCUAGACUCAGGGGAGCAGUUUGGUUUUCUGUUCACACAGUCUUUUAGGGACGUUGCUUCGCACCUCAACAUCACGCCAGACACAGCCCAGCAAUGCUUCGAGAGUGUGAUGGAGGAGUUGUUCAGGGAUGGAAUCAAUUGGGGGCGUAUAAUUGGUCUGUUUGUCUUUGGUUCUGCAAUGUGUCUGGACUGUAUUGACAGCAAUAUGGGUGAGCUGGUACCCGACAUUGCAGACUGGAUGACUGCGUAUCUAGAUGAUCACAUUAGUCUGUGGAUCCAACGAAAUGGAGGAUGGGACCGCUUUACAGAGAUAUUUGGGAAAGGGAUGUCUACUAGGAGCUCUGGGGAGUCUCUGAAGAGAUGGCUAUUUGUUGGAGUGGCAUUAGUAACAGGGCUGCUGGUUGGCAUGCUCAUGACAGAUUAACAGUGAAGGUGCUACUUCUCUGCCGUCACUGAACACCCUGUGGAAUGCUAAACCGAGGGAGGGAAGCGGUUAAUGUUUACAUGGAAGCCCAGUCCACAUGUGCAGUGACCAUAGUGGGUGGGCAAAGUCAUUCUGUGAGAAGCUUCAUAAUGUGUAACUUGGUGAGCUGUUGCAGACCACCUGCUUGCCUUGCUUUGACCAAUGUGUUUUUAUUUUAUUUUUAAACGCACAACAGUUUAGUAGCUGAUUUGCCCGUUCAGAGGGCAAAUGCUUUAAAUGAACCUAAUAAAAAGGCAGUGACAGUGAUUCAGCUAGUCUAAGCUCUCUCUUUUUAUCCUGUAUUAUUCAGGGAACAACGUGUAUGACUGAGACUAUGUUAUAUUCCCCCUUUAAUGUGUAAUUCUCAGUUUCUUUUGACUGUUCUUGAGUUUUUAAGUCUGUUUUGAAAAGUUUUGCUGAGUAAACUGUAUGGAGUGCAGAGGCUAUCCAAAAAAAUCAAAUCUAUGCUCUAGCAGAGGCCUGCGAGUUCUCUAGGACACACCAACUUCCUCCAACAGUCCAGAGACAUGCAUGUGAAAUUAACUUUUUCCAUCUCUCACUAGUAUCUAAAAUUAUCCAUGUGCAACAGGCUACAUAUCCAUGAUUGUAUUCAGUGUUGUUUGUUUUGUUUCUUUGUUUUGUUUUUUGCUGUUCCUCUAAGGGAUCAGAUUGGAUUAUCUGCUGCCAUUUUGCCCUACUCCUAGCACAGUCUUGUCACAUCAACCCCAUGCAAGCCCCCUUCACCACAUCUGUGGUCUGCCUCUUUUCCUCUGCUCGGCAGCUCCAUAUUAACCAUACUUUGUUCACCAAGUCCACUAUCUCCCCCCCCCCCUUUGCACACAUCCAAACCCUCUCAGCCUUGUUUCUCCAACCUUGCCUUCAAACUGAGCUGUCACUGUGACAUUAACUUCUCCAGCUCUGCCACUUCCACCUUGUUCUUGUUCUCGUGUCAGUGCCACCGUCUAUAAACCAUACAUCGUAGCAGUGCUCGCUACUGUCUUGUAAACCUCCCCUUUCACUUGUGCUGCUAUUGUUCUGCCACAAAUCAAAUGAAGUGACUCCAUAUGAAGUAUCUUAAAAGCUGGAAUUAAAUGAGAUGUAUUCUUUUACACAAUGUGCAUUAAAAUCUUCUUGAAAAUAUAAAAUCCACAUGUCUUUAUCACCAUAUCAACAUGUACACAAAGCUAUAUACCAAGGUCUGA